AAUAUUAUAGGAAAAAGAAAAGAAGAUUGCAUUUUUACAGAAAGCAAUUGAUGUUACUAUUAUGGUAACAGGAGAAAAUCUUACUGUUAAACCUACAAAAAUAGUAUCUGGACACGAAGCAGAGAAAACAAAUGAAUUACUUCAGGCUAUUGCUAAAGCAAUUGUACAUAAGAAAGAUAGUACUGAAGCAGUCCAAAAAGUUUUAAAUGGAGAAAAACCAGUAUUGUCAUCAGGAAACAAAAAGAAAGGUGCAUCUGAUCAGUCAGAAAGAUCGAAAAGAAGAGAGCCAGUCAAUAGAGACAAUAAAUCUAGAUCAAAAGUCAAUGAUUCAAAGACUAAAAGUUCAGUUAGAAAUGGAAUUGGUGAUCAAAGAAAUCGUGACAGAAAUAAGACAAAGGAAAGAGAAGCAUCAAAGGAAAGGUCUAAAAACAAAACACAAGAACCUAAAAUUGAAGAAAUGGCAGUAUCUAGUCCAACAAAAUCUAAACUGUCAAGUGAAGAAAGUAUAAAUGAUGAACAAUUGCCACAAACAGAUGAAAAUUCUCAGAUUCUUGUAAAUGGUGAUAUGAAAAUGGAAUCUCCAAGUAAAUCUUCCAUUGAUAAAGGUGAUGCAAAUAAGACAGAAGAAACUAAUUUAAAUAUACAAAAUUCUGAGAAUGCAUCAGAAGUAAUUACUCCUCCUAAUUCUGUAACUAGACCAAGUACAACAGUAAGAAUGACAUCGGCAAGAAAAAUGGUGCCACAGCCAGAACCAUCUAGUUCAUCGUCAGAAAGAUUACCUCAACAGAAUGAUACAAAUGAACAACCUGUUGCAUCAUCAUCAUCGUCAUCUUCAUCUAGCAGACCUAUUUCGGCAGCUCCAAGAUCUGCAAGACCAUCUAGUGCUCGUCCAGCACCUCCAAAAAUACGCAUUCGGCAUAUUGUUGAAAAUGAAGAACAAAUUAGGUACUAA